GCACCGCCGCCCCCGGCCGCGCUCUCGGGCCCCUUCCCCGGCGGCCGCGUGGUGCGGCUGCACCCGGUCGUGCUCGCCUCCAUCGUGGACAGCUUCGAGCGGCGCAACGAGGGCGCGGCGCGGGUCAUCGGGACGCUGCUGGGGACCGUGGACAAGCACUCGGUGGAGGUCACCAACUGCUUCUCCGUCCCCCACAACGAAUCCGAAGAUGAGGUGGCAGUCGAUAUGGAAUUUGCCAAAAACAUGUAUGAGUUGCACAAGAAGGUGUCUCCUAGCGAGAUCAUCUUGGGCUGGUAUGCAACAGGUCAUGACAUCACGGAACACUCUGUCCUGAUCCAUGAGUAUUACAGCCGGGAAGCGCACAAUCCAAUCCACCUCACUGUGGACACGAGUCUCCAGAAUUCACGCAUGAGCAUUAAAGCCUAUGUCAGUGCCCCCAUGGGAGUCCCUGGUAAAACUAUGGGCGUGAUGUUCACACCUCUAACGGUGAAAUAUGUUUAUUAUGAUACAGAGCGGAUAGGAGUGGAUCUUAUAAUGAAGACUUGUUUUAGCCCUAAUCGAGUGAUUGGCUUGUCCAGUGACUUACAGCAGGUGGGGUCAGCAUCAGCCAGAAUUCAGGAUACCCUGACCAUGGUGCUGCAGUAUGCAGAGGAUGUAUUGUCUGGCAAAGUGGCUGCUGACAACACUGUCGGGCGUUUCCUGAUGGAUCUUAUUAACCAGGUGCCAAAGAUUUCACCAGAGGACUUUGAGACAAUGUUGAAUAGCAAUAUCAAUGACCUGCUGAUGGUAACCUACUUGGCAAACCUCACACAGUCACAGAUUGCUCUCAACGAAAAACUUCUGAGUUUAUAAAGAAACUUCUGCCACUGUCCACUUCAAAGAGCCUGAAGAAUGAGCAGAUACACUUUUCUAUGGUGGUGGUACAAAAUUCCUUGGACCGUAAUUUAAUUACCUACGUGACUUGGUUUACAUCUUUAUUUCCAUUGCCCUGAAAAAUCCCUAACAUGAUUUAGGGAUGAAUGGGAAUGGCUGCAGUUUAGUUGAGCCCAAUAUUUUAAAAUUGAAUACAUUAAUCUUUUGUCUCCUGUGUUUAUCUACUUGUAUAACAAAAUACAGCUUUAUUGUAAGAAUGUAUUUGAAAUAAAAGUUCCAUUGCUAUGACAAGA